UCCCCUGCCAUUUGCUUGAACGGUUAUUCCCCUGCUAUACUCGGCCCAUCGGCUUGCAUGCUUUAGCGAGCCUGAACCGGGAAAUAUCGUACGAACUGAUCGGACCGGCAUCCGGAGGCUGACGUAAUCGACUAAUGGAAUAAGUGGCGCCCUCAACGGGCCAAACCCUAAUUCGUUCUCCUCCGCCAUCCUCCUCGGCUCCUCCCGAAGCUCUCCUGAUCUCUUCCUCUCUCUCCUACAUCGCCAGAAUCCACCGCCCGAUCGGUGGCGGAAGCCUGCUUCAAACCUCCCAGCCUCCACCCACCCAGCCACCCGUGCUCUCUAUCUUCCUGACCUCUGUUUUUCUUUCCCUGCAUCAAACCCCGUUCGCGGUCCCAGCUGCCUCGCCGGAGUAGAAGCGUGCGGUCCCAGUUGACUUCGAAGAGGAGGAGAAGUAGAAGAAGAAGACGCCUCAAACUCACCGCUGCUCGCCGUGAAAGCGGUUUCAUCACACUACACCCAAAUCUUACCGUGUUCUCAGAUGAAUUUUCCUUUUACUUUAUGUAGUGUAAUGUGAAGUCAGCAGCUGUUCGUGCAGACCUUGGGAUACAGACACUUAUUGAGAGAUGAAAAACAUGUUAAACCCCUUUCUACCCUCGUCGUAUCGACCCCGUCCUCCACUUGUAUACUCUUGUUUCCUCAGCGGAAACCUCCACCUCCACUGCGACUGCGAUCCUGCUCCCACUUGCCAGCACAGCCAAGUUCUAUAGACUCGAGAGGCCAAGAUGGAUGCUGUGGUCUCCUAUACUGGCAAUGUUGAUUUGAGAUCCUUGCCUCCUUCUGGGUGGGAUUUCAGCUGUGAUUUUGAAGUGGACUAUGGAUCAAAGGAGCAUGCAACAAUUGUCUAUGCUGCAUUAGCAGUUGAUAAGGAGUUGCAGCCAGACAAGGUUAGGAGGCAGGUGUCCAUUUCCGAUGGCAAGCUUCAAGUACACUUUGAGGCGGUGGAGGCUAGAUUUCUGCGCGCAUCAUUCAGUGCAUUUGUGGAUCUAAUGAUUCUUGCCACAAAAAUCAUCGAAGAAUUUGGCCAGAACAACAAAAAUUCUGAACAAAUAUGAUUUUAGUAAGCAGCAUUCUGUAUGACAAAUGGAACAGAUAAUGUAGCCAAUUCUUGUAUUUGUGUUGUCCCCAGAAACUCAAAUCUGAUAUAUUGCACAUUGUUUUCGAAUCAAUGGUAGCUACUUGGUUUGGCUA